AUGGCCCAGAAUGUCCGCGAUUGGGAAAAGAGCAACCAAAAGGCUCUUUGUAGUCUGGGCUACCUGUUGAAUCAAAUCAUUGAAGUAGUGAAAGGUAGUUCCAGUAAGGUUGCGGUUGUCAGGUACGAUGGCGGAAUGAAAUUGGAGGUCAUCGCUAGUGAGCAGAAGAUGGCUCCAUCGGAAGGUGUAGACGUAAAAUGGCAGGACGGAAAACAGGAGACCAGAGACAACAAUCUGAUGGCGAAGGGAGAUCAGCAGAACGAGUCAACGGAGAUCAUCCACGAAGACAUUCCUCUUUUUGAUGUCGCGUUCAAAGGGAUUGAAUCGGGUUACCGCCAGUGUUUUCGAUUAAUGCCCAACGACACUACUCUUUACCGUACCCUCUGCGGUACAUAUGAUUUUCUUCAAAUCGACGUCUGCAAAGGGAGGACGCUCAGUGAAAUCAUCGAAGAUUUGAAGGCCGGGCGGCGUGAUGAUGAAGAUCGCAAUAAGUCGAAGGCUCGAGACGCUGCGUUCAAACUUGUCUAUUCGAUUCUAUACGACACAUUUCAGAGCAAUGACAAGCACAAGAAUUCCAUCUUUAAUGCCGUCGUGUUUGUCGUAUCUCAUCCCGGAACCUUCAAAUGGAAGACGAGAAAUACUGUUAGAGCAGUGUACGAGAGCAGGUUCAAUUUGACGGCAAAGCAGAGGGCGAACCUUGACCAAUGGCAUAAGCUCGAUUCUUGCGAACAAGCUAGUUGCGACGAAGAUGAUGAGACAACGGAGGAGGAAGAUUUGUAUUGGUAUGACUCCGACAGUGGUGGUACCUGGUAG